CUGUUGUGUAAGAAGAAGAGACUGCCACACACCUAGCAGGUCAAAAUGACUGCGUCAAACUCGGGCCUGAUCAUGAACGUAGUGAACAGCAUCGUGGGAGUCAGUGUGCUCACCAUGCCCUUCUGCUUCAAACAGUGUGGGAUCGUACUGGGUACUCUGUUGCUGUUCUUCUGUUCAUGGAUGACCCACAAGUCUUGCAUGUUCCUGGUCCACACCGCCAGCAACACCAAACGAAGAACCUAUGCUGGACUGGCUUUCCAUGCUUACGGGAAACCUGGAAAAACGCUUGUAGAGACGAGUAUGAUCGGUCUGAUGCUUGGGACCUGUAUCGCCUUCUAUGUUGUCAUCGCUGACUUGGGCUCUAAUUUCUUUGCUCAGCUGUUAGGUUUACAGGUGACGGGCAGUUUCCGUGUGGUUCUGUUGAUUGCCGUCUCGCUGGUAGUCGUCCUCCCACUGAGCCUGCAGAGGAACAUGAUGUCCUCCAUCCAGUCCUUUUCAGCCAUGGCGCUCAUGUUCUACACCCUGUUCAUGUUCACGAUAGUGUUGUCGUCUCUGCGCUACGGCAUAAUCACGGGCUCCUGGGUGGAGCACGUUCACCUGUGGCGCUUCAGGGGCGUCAUUCAGUGCCUGCCCAUUAUCGCCACAACCUUCUGCUGUCACCCACAAGUGCUGCCAACGUACGAUAGCCUGGAUGAGCCAUCAGUCAAACGCAUGAGCACCAUCUUCACCUCCGCCCUCAACGUGGUCACGAUCUUCUACAUCACCGUGGGCUUCUUCGGCUACGUCAGCUUCACAGAGAACAUUGAAGGCAACGUGCUGAUGAACUUUCCGUCCAACCUGGUGACAGAAAUGAUCCGCGUGGGCUUCAUGAUGUCUGUGGCCGUAGGAUUUCCCAUGAUGAUCCUGCCCUGCCGCCAGGCUAUUAACACCAUGCUUUUUGAGCAGCAGCAGAAAGACGGUACAUUUGCUGCCGGAGGUUACAUGCCCCCUCUACGCUUCAAGAUGAUCACCCUCUGCAUUGUUUUUGGCACCAUGCUGGGAGGCAUUCUCAUCCCUAAUGUGGAAACCAUCCUGGGUCUGACUGGUGCCACCAUGGGUAGUCUCAUAUGCUUCAUAUGUCCUGCUCUCAUCUACAGAAAGAUCCAGAAGAAUGGCUUCAUUUCUCAGCUGGUUCUUUGCGUCGGUCUGGGAAUCCUCCUGGUCAGCACCUUCACCACGCUCUCAGUGUCAAGAAGCAGCCCCAGCUACAGAGUCCCAGCUCCUCCUCCCCCGGCACCUAACAAGAAUAUCCUCCCUCUACCAAACCUGCCUGACCCCCACGAUGACUCUGUGGGCAAGAAACCAGUAGAAAUAGAGAAGCCUGAUCUUCCAGAAGGAAAUGUGCUGCAACCUGCAGAGAGAGAUGCUGAGCCUCCCCAGAUCAAGGGACCAGAUGAGAGGAAGGAAGAGAAAGUGGUUCAGCUGGAUCGUCCCGAUGCCGCUGUGCCAGAGGGGGAAGAUCAUCGUCACGAACCGCCCAUCCCCGAAGAUGAAGUGAGGGCAGAGUCAGGGAAGAACAAUGUAAAACCAGAAGAGGAAAAGAAGCAAGCUGAAGAAGAUGUCAAAGAGGAACCACAGCGGAAGGAACUGGGCCCCGCUCCGAAGGCAGAGGACAGGAAAGAUGAAAACGUUGAAGCGAAACCAGCAGGGGCUGCUGAAGGGAAGGAGAAGGAGGGGAAGGUGGGUGGCCAGGUGGCGUCCAAUGAGGUGCUGGAGAAGCACGUUGGAGAGUUAGGCAAACAGGAUUCAGCUCCUCUUCAGGACGCUGAUAAACCUGUCAGAGACGCUCCUAAUAAAGACGCAGAUGUGGCAGCCAAUCAGGCAGCAGCACGUAACGAAGAAGGUGGUAAACAAGCCAACAAUGCAGAAAAGGGUUCUGAAGAAGAGCCUCAUCCUGCUGGAGACAAAGCCGCAGCUGCAGACGGGCCUGCAGCUGCAAACAGCAAAGAUACAGCAGAUGAGAAGAUGGACGUGAUAAAAAAGCUGGUUGCAGAAGGCCAGCUGGACCACGCGGUGCUGCUGCAGGUGAUCAAGGAGCAGCAGGAGCAACAGAAGAGACUUCUGGACCAGCAGGAGAAACUACUGGCUGUCAUAGAGGAGCAGCACAAGGAAAUCCACCAGAAACAGCCAGGCGGAGCAGCAGAUGUUGAGGAGAAAAGUAUCCAGGAGGCAGGAGCAGCUAAAGCCAGAGAGUCUGGGGUGGCGUCAGACCUGAAGGCAGCAGCAGCUGGGGGGGGGGAAGAGGCUGCCAUUGUGGAGCAGAAACAGGAUCCGGCCGGAAAUGCAGGUGCUGAAGUUGAACCUGCUAAAGGGGCGGCUGCAGCAGCUUACAAGGAAGAUGCUAAUGUCGCCGCUGGAGGGGAGUCUCAGCAGCAGAGUGAGCUGGGAGCAAGGGGGGUGCGGCUAGGAAAGAAAAGAUCUGAAGGCCUUCAGAAUGAUCUGGCAUCUCAGGUUAGAGAUGAAGAAAAAAGUCUGGAUAAAGAAAAAGCACCGGAGAAAGACGUUCUUGAUGGAGAUAAAAAUAAAAAGGUGCAAAAUGAAAAUGAGGAAAGGGAGAAACUUCAGAGGGAAAUUAUAGAGAAAGAAGUGCAUGCACGAUUAGCAAAUGCACUCCUGGAAAAGGAGAGACAGGAAAAACUAGCCGCCCAGCAACAGCUGGACAAAGAGAGAGCUGAAAAGGAAAGAAUAGAAAAAGACGUUCAGGCCCGGGUGGAAAAAAAACGGCUGGAGCGAGAGAAGAGAGAGAAGCUAAUCAGUGAGCAAGAGCUCAUCCGAAAGAAAGAGCUAGAGAGGGCAAACCUGGCAGAGCAGCUUCAGCAAGUAGACAAAGAAAUAAACGAGAGAGCGAAGAAAGAGCAAGAGGCAAAGGAGACUCGGGAGCGGCUGGCCCAGCUGCACCGGGCCAUAGAAGCUAAAAACGCUGAACAACCUGCUGAGGGAGCUGAGGGAGAAGACGGGGAAGCUUUGAAAACAGGAGGAAGAGAGCUCAAAGAAAAAGCUGCUCAAGCGCAGCCUGGAGAAGGGGUAGGAGAUGAGGCUGUCAGAGCCCAGGCACGCCUCCAGGGCUCCCGCGAGAGGAAGAGGGAGCAGGGAGAGACGGAUCUGAAGCGCAGGAAGAGAGCUCUGGAAGCGGGAGAAGCUGCAGGGCCCUUGAAGGACUCCAGGGGAUCCAGAGGGGUCCCUGGACUGGAGCCCCUCCUGGAGUUAGGAGGCUCAGACCUGCAUGUUGCCCUGGAGCAGCAGCUGCUUGCUGCGGCGGUGGUGCACUCCAGGCAGAUUAAACAGGCCGCGGAGGACGAUGGAGCAGAGUAAGAUCAGAAACAUUCCUGUUGGAUGGCUUUACAGCACAGAUCCACACCUGCACAACCUCAUCAUACUGUGGAGCAACACGCUGCUGCCUUACAUCCAGCCUCCCAAACAUUAGGGACCUUACAAUGAAGAUGACCCAAAGUCUUAUCCAAUCUAUGUAAAUAUAACUUAUUUUGUUUCAAGAGCUUCGUCUCCAAAAGGUCACUGUGUAAAUAGAAAUAUAUCUAUGCAAAUUCUAAAAGUUCUGAGCAGGAAUAUAAUGUUUAAUGUUUAUACUUAUGAGGGGCAGCUAAAGGAUUCUGCCUCCAGAGAAUGUGUUCAUGUUUGUGGACGUCACACACGUUGAUAUCGUCCUUUUGAAUCGUGAGUCUCAGUUUGGUUGCGUUUUCAGUGAAGGUCACCUGUGAAUGUAGCCUUAUUUACUGAACAGGUGUGCUUAUUUUAAAUUUGGACCAUUGACUCAUACAUCACCUUUUUUCUUGCUGGUGCCUUCUCUGACCUGCAGUAAAAAAUAAUAAAUGUGCAUUUUAUUUUUUCCAUGCCAUCUUCUCUUUUCUCCCUUUAACUUGUUCUCACAGUAUUGCUAAAACUAGGAUAAGACUUUUGGUUUGAACAUAUUUUCUAAAGCCUCAGUUUGCAUUUAAAAAGCAUACUUUUGUAUGUGAAAUGUUUUAUUGUACAUUUUGCUGAUAAUCAAUAAAAGCCAAAAUUGAA